AUGGGAACUUCCAUUGCUGAAGGAGAAAGGUGGUGUUGUUCUGCGGGUUUGAAAUCAGGAACCCUAAAAAGUGUGGAGAUUGAAAUCUUGUGGAACAAACACUCAGUGCCCUUUUUCUUGAGGAGGGUUCUUAUGGAGGAGUUGGGAGCCCAACAUUUCCCAUGCAGUAAUCACCAGUUAUUAUUGGAGACUGCAGUACAUGCAGUGCUCCUAGACUCCGGUUUUGUCCGCUUUGACUCCGAUUCGGUUUCAGGUGUCUCCGGUAUGUCCCUCUCUUAUACUGUGCCUGAUAUUUUGCAAAAUCUAGGAGGCAGUAUCCAAGGAAUUGGGUUGAGAUUUGAGAAGUUGGAUAAAUCUGUAAGGGUUAAUGGGUCUUUAACCGGCGAGGAUUCUGUGUACUCGGUGAGCUUGGAGGUGGAGAAGGUUGCAUCCUUUAUCGAAUUCCUUUGGGCAAGUAAAGUUGAUGUGAAUGAUAUUGUUUCAGUAGGACUACUUGAGAAGCAAGAAACACAAGUUUUUAAUUUUUGGAGGACCAUCAAAGAUGAAAUUUCAUUGCCAUUAAUGAUUGAUCUUUGCGCAAAGGCGGGGUUACCCUCUCCACCUUGCCUUAUGAGUCUUCCUCCAGAGCUCAAGACAAAGAUUUUAUGGUCACUAUCUGGUGUGAAUAUUGCAGCAAUAGAAUGUGUGUGCAAGGAGCUGCAGAAACUUGGGAAUGACGGUGAGUUGUGGAAGCACAGGUUAGGGCAGCAGUUUCCUGGCGAGUUAAUGAAGAAGAAGAAGAAGAAUGAUAUGCAAACAACAGAGUGGAAGAUGGUGUUUCGAGAAAGAUGGAGGCAACGCAGGCGAGUGAGGGAGGCAUCAAGCAGAGAAUAUUAUAAAAGGGAGGAGAAGAGGAAGAGGCCUUUACCAUUCCUUUCUCUUGAUUCUGAACAAGAGGAGUAUUGGAAAAAUUCUCCUCAAACAGGACGGAGAAUUGGACUAGGACCGAGAUCUGCUAUAGGAAAGCUCCUCGAAUCCUCGAAUGACGAACCAUUUUAA